GAGGAUGGACCUGCAGAGAUGAGAGUAGAUGAUUUUUGUUAGGCUUCUACUACAGCUACACCUAACCACUCUCACUCUGUUCUAACUUCGAACCUUUCAAAGUAAAAGGGAACUCUUUCUCUCACGAACACUCGCACACAAACACCGCAUUGAGCGCGUUGUCAGAGAUGACAACAUAGAAAUUCCUCCCGGUAUCCUACAUGCAUACACAAAGCUGUAGCUGUGGUCAAAUAUAACGAACACCGGGAGCUUGGUUCGCUUCGUUGCAUGGGGGACUCACUGCCUAUCCAAAAGGCAGAGCCAGUCCCCUGACUAACAGACUAAUUCAUUUGAAUUAGUUCAUGGAUUUAAUCAUCGCCGAUGUCACGAGAUACGUAACGGAUACGGGGAUUAAUAUUACAGACACCAAGAGUUUUACACCGCGCCCGGUGUACUGACAUUCUCGGUAUAUUAAACCGAGACUCGGUAUAUUAAACCGGUGCUUCGGUAACGAGACCGAGGGAGAACAUCAGUUAUUUCAGUAAGACUGUCGUGCCAUUUCGAUAUACCAUGGUUCCGGGAUUUGAAUAGAUAGGCUAUCGUAACGAAACCCACUGGGAGUCAUUAGAACAAAAAGCGCUCCUUCAAUUUUCUACGCCUGCUUCGCGGCAGCAGGUUGGGAUAAUAGCCACCACCACCAGGAUUGCACAAGUUUCCAUUUCACAUGGGCGAAGGCAGGGCUCGGUUCUGCUUUGGUUGGACCCGGGCUCGCUGUCAAGAACAAGACAAAGGUGUGUCGGACCCUGAUAGGGAACCGGAAACGCGAGAGAGAUGGGCCGAACUGUUCGACCAACUGGACCUCAAUAAAGACGGUAAAGUCGACAUCAACGAGCUGAGGAUAGGACUCGCUGCACGCGGUUUACUUCGCAGUGACGCGGAGGAGAUAGUGCGUGAGAGUGACACCAACCAUGAUGGCUUGCUGGACUUUGAGGAGUUCUCUCAGUACCUGUGGGCCCACGAGAAGGAACUGCGGCUCAUGUUCCACACACUGGACCGCAACCAUGACGGGCGCAUUGAUGUCGGGGAGAUUCAACAAUCGCUGCACAACCUGGGACUGGAGGUGUCCACAGAACACGCCAUCAAAAUACUACAGAGUAUGGACAGGGACGGCACCAUGACUAUCAACUGGAGUGAGUGGCGAGAUCACUUCCUGUUUAACCCUCUUCACAACAUGGAGGGCAUCGCCCACUACUGGAAACACUCUCUGAUGUUUGACAUCGGAGAGCACAUGACAGUGCCGCCAGAGUUUUCCCAACAAGAGCGCCAGUCGGGGGUAGUGUGGAAGCAGCUGGUUAGGGCGGUGUCAGCUGGUUGCCGGGGCGAUGGCAGAACCGCCCCCCUCGACCGUCUCAAGGUCUUCCUACAGGUGCAUGGCUCCAGCUCUAGGGGGAUCAACCUGUGGACGGGGCUGAGGGGGAUGGUCCAGGAGGGGGGUGUACGAGCCCUCUGGAGGGGCAACGGCAUCAACGUCCUCAAAAUAGCCCCAGAGUCUGCCAUCAAGUUCAUGGCCUAUGAACAGAUCAAGUGGCUGAUCCGGGGCAGAAAUGAAGCAGGUACUCUGCGGGUGCAGGAGAGGUUCAUCGCUGGCUCUCUGGCUGGAGCCACUGCACAGACAAUCAUCUACCCUAUGGAGGUACUGAAGACUCGUCUGACACUGAGGAAGACUGGCCAGUACUCUGGCAUUGUAGACUGUGCCCGUCAGAUCCUGAGGAAGGAGGGGGUGCGAGCCUUCUACAGGGGCUACGUGCCCAACACACUUGGCAUCAUACCGUAUGCUGGCAUAGACCUGGCCGUCUACGAGACUCUGAAGAAUGCCUGGCUCCAGCGGUACAGUAAGGGCUCUGCUGACCCGGGGGUGUUGGUACUGCUGGGCUGUGGUACUGUGUCUAGUACCUGUGGACAACUGGCCUCCUACCCCCUGGCUCUCAUUAGAACACGUAUGCAGGCCCAGGCCUCCACUGAGGGCGGGCCCAAGCUGUCCAUGGUCGGUCAGUUCAAGCACAUCAUAUCACAUGACGGGGUACCUGGGCUCUACCGCGGCAUCGCCCCCAACUUCCUGAAGGUUAUUCCUGCUGUCAGCAUCUCGUACGUGGUAUACGAACACAUGAAGAAGGCUCUGGGUGUGAAAUCGUAGAGAGAGGAAGUGAGAGGCAGAAGAAAGAGAAGGAUAUAGAGUGCAGCUCUUGGAUUUUAAGAUGGAGAGGAAGACAGCAGAGGAUUGAAGGAUAGAAGACCCUUUCAUACACAUUCAGUAAGCUUCCCGUUUACACCUAGCUAGACAGAUAUACUCACUGUUUGAAUCUCUCAGCCCCUCUGACGCUGUACCGUCAUUAAGAAAGAGGGAAGAGAUUAGGAGGAGGAGGUGUGAGAGGAAGGAAUGAGAGAGAGAGAGAGAGAGAGAGAGAGAGAGAGAGGGGUUGGGAGAGAGAGAGAGAGACAG